AUGGCAGACCACAACUGGAACGAAUCAGGAGCGGCUUUGGACGCGCCAUUGCCUCCACCACCACCGCCUCCUCCUCCUCCUUCACAAGGUCGUUUAGAAGAUGGAAUUAAACAGAAGAAACGAAUGAUACAAAGUCUCAAUCCGACGUCAAAAGCCAAGAAACGAACAGAUUUUCGUGAGAUUUUGACACUUUUUCAUGACGAGUCGAUGGAUAUCGAUCAAAUUCAAAAGAUAUGGAGCUCAUUAUACCAAACGACGUUAGUGGAGAGUCAAGAAGACCACAAGAAACAUCGACAGCAGGAGCAGCACGGACUUAAGCGGAAGAAAAGCGGGGAAAACGACCAUGGUCCCUUGUCCACGAGAGGUCUUGGUGGGGUCUCUCGUCAUGGAAAUUUGAGUCAAGAUCACUAUAAAAGAGCACGACAGAGCUCUACAAUCAGUUUGGACUCGUCUGAGUCUGGAAAGACCAGUCGACUCGGGAACCGCUUUCCCAAGAACAUCACGAAAGCAUCCAAGCUUUUGCAGAAAUUUGGUGGACGGACUUAG